AUGAAAAUGUUAGCCAUCUUGCUGUUGACGCUGAGCGUCACCUUCUGUUGGGCCAAACCUGCCCCGCAAGAGAUGCCAGACAUGCCGGCAGAGAUGAACGCCGCCGAUAAAAUGGAAAGUGUUUCCGCGGCUCAAAACGAACCAGAGGUAACAACGCUGAGCGCGACGACUACCACCGUGCAAUCCUCGUCCGCUCCGCCUGCGUCUGUCGAGACUAGCUCAACUGCUGCAGCGAUGGACGAUGUGGUGCAAACCACUGUGCCAGCAGUGCCAAGCUCUGAACCAUCCACCACCAGUCAGACGGUCCCAGAAUCUUCCACUGCCGGGCAAGCAGUGGCGGAGUCUUCCACCGCUAGCCAGUCGGCUACCGAGUCUGUCAGCGUGCAAGCUGCUACGAGUGAGGAACCUGCCAGUAACACCGCCACAACAGUUGCUCAGGAAGCUUCCACCAGCGCACCGGUAGAGUCUGCCGAUGCUAACACCGAACCAGCUACUGACCAGACGACAACGGCACCGGCUGCCGACACCACUCAGACUCCUUCGGGUGACGCAAGCGAUGCCACGGUACAGACGUCGGCUAGUGAAGCUACCGUAACGGCCGCAAGUACUACGGCACAGGCUGCCGAAGUGAGCGAAUCGACCACCGCCACAGCAACAUCAACUGCUGCGAGUGUUUCAUCUACAGAACCAGCAGCAACCACAUCCGUCGCUCCGGUAGUGGCUGAUGUUACUACUACUACUACCACUACUACAACCAGCAGCCCCACCACCACCACCACUACUACUACUACCGCUGCUUCGACGGAGGUUGAUGCGUCCAACGACUCUUCUUCAGGGUCUACGGAGAGCUCAUAA